CCAUAAGAUUGUAUAUAUACUGUUUUUCUCUCUCCUCCAUAACAUUUUCUUUCUCGCUCCUCCAUAAUAUGAACAACCCCCAGGCCCUUCUCUCUCCUUCCCUUCAACACAGCCUCAUCAUCUACACCAGUACGUGCACAAGAAUCCCGAGGCUCCCACACACAGGUUCUCACAAACAUUCUCACCGGCGCUUAACGUUACGCGUCGGGGGCCGGGGUUUCGGAGGGCUCUCGGACAGAGAAAGAGAAGACAGAGAAACAAGGAGCUCAAAGCAAGAGGGAGAUGACGAUGAGAUCCCACAAGUGGUGUUAGACAGGAUGCUAAGGCGCAUCGUGUUCUAUGUGGGGGCACCGAUGGGCUUGGGCCUGGGCCUGCUGUGGGCAUUCGACACGUUAAAGAAUGGGGGCGUUUGGGAUGCUCCAAUGUGGUUGCCAUUGCUUACAGUCUUGUUGGGCUUUGGGACCUCGGCACUUGGGGUAGCUUAUGGGACACUGUCUGCUAGUUGGGAUCCCUCAGAAGAGGGCUCAUUGCUAGGGUGGAAGGAGGCCCAAAAGAAUUGGCCCGUGUUGUGGAAGGAGGAGAAGAUGUAAAGAUGCUUGUUUUUUCUCUCUCUCUCCUCUAUUGUGAGAUUAUCAUUAGAAACAACUAUCUAGGAGUUAUUGGUUUGUGAUUGCUUGUGUACAUGGCUCAUAGAUCAAGUGGAAGGCGCUGCUAGUUUUAUUUGUGUGGAGUUUGCCUAAACCAAAAGGAAAAUUUGUGGACAUGGGCUUAGAUAGAGAAAUUGUUCACAUUAAAGAGAGAGAAAGCUUGGAUUGGGGGCUAAAUCAAGAAUUAUAGUUUGAUAUCACAUA